CGUAACGUGCGUCGUAUGCAACAUCUGGCAGUGGUGCGCAAGUAUUCGUCUGCUCUCGCUGCAGCUCAGCAAAACAAAGCGCCACAUCUGGAGCCGCGUGGGAAGAGGCAGCCCUGGGCAGCUGGCGUUGUGGCGAGGCGUUCGGGCGUCAGGCUGGGGGGUUCCCGCCUGGGAACGCGAGUGGUGAAGAAAAUGAACCUGAAGUCUGAACGCAGAGGAAUUCAUGUGGAUCAGUCGGAGCUGCUGUGCAAGAAGGGCUGUGGUUACUAUGGCAAUCCUGCCUGGCAGGGUUUUUGCUCCAAGUGCUGGAGAGAGGAAUACCAUAAGGCCAGGCAGAAACAGAUUCAAGAGGACUGGGAGCUGGCAGAGCGGCUUCAGCGUGAGGAGGAAGAAGCAUAUGCCAGCAGUCAGAGUACCCAAGGGGCACAGUCGCUGACCUUUUCCAAAUUUGAAGAAAAGAAAACCAAUGAGAAAACACGAAAGGUGACUACUGUGAAGAAGUUCUUCACUGCUUCUUCCAGAACAGGAGCUAAGAAGGCAGAGAUCCAGGAAGCCAAGGCUCCCAGCCCUUCUAUAAACAGGCAGGCUAGCAUUGAGACAGAUCGAGUAUCCAAGGAGUUCAUAGAAUUUCUCAAGACAUAUCAUAAACCUGGACAAGAUAUCUAUAAACAAUGUAAAUUAUUUUUGGACACAAUGAAUCAUAAAAGGGAUUUAAGUAUUGAGGAACAAUCUGAAUGUGCCCAAGACUUUUAUCAAAAUGUAGCAGAGAAAUUACAGACACGUUGGAAAGUGCCCCCGGAAAAAGUUGAGAAAGCAAUGGAUCAGAUCGAAAAAUACAUUAUGACUCGACAAUAUAAAUAUGUCUUUUGUCCUGAAACAACUGAUGAUGAGAAGAAGGAUCUUGCUGUCCAAAAGAGAAUCAGGGCUUUGCACUGGGUCACUCCACAAAUGCUGUGCGUUCCUGUCAACGAAGAAAUUCCAGAAGUCUCUGAUAUGGUUGUAAAAGCAAUUACAGAUAUUAUUGAAAUGGAUUCAAAGCGUGUCCCUCGUGAUAAAUUAGCAUGCAUCACCAAGUGCAGCAAGCACAUAUUUAAUGCUAUUAAAAUUACAAAAAAUGAACCAGCAUCUGCUGAUGAUUUCCUUCCAACACUUAUAUACAUUGUUUUGAAGGGAAACCCACCCCGCCUGCAGUCCAACAUCCAGUAUAUAACACGCUUCUGCAAUCCAAGCAGGUUAAUGACAGGAGAAGAUGGCUACUAUUUUACCAAUCUGUGUUGCGCUGUGGCCUUCAUUGAAAAGCUGGAUGCUCAGUCUUUAAAUCUGAGCCAAGAGGAUUUUGAUCGUUAUAUGUCUGGUCAGACAUCCCCGAAGAAACAAGAAUCUGACAGUUGGUCGCCUGAUAUGUGCCUGGGUGUUAAGCAAAUGUAUAAAAACUUAGAUCUCCUAUCUCAGUUGAAUGAGAGACAGGAAAGAAUUGUCAGUGAAGCCAAGAAGCUUGAGAAAGACCUGAUAGAUUGGACUGAUGGAAUUACAAAGGAAGUCCAAGAUAUUGUUGAGAAAUAUCCGUUAGAAAUAAAACCAAAAAAUCAAGCCUUAGCAGCUAUUGACUCUGAAAAUGUGGAGAAUGACAAGCUGCCCCCACCACUGCAGCCUCAAGUUUAUGCAGGAUAAUUAUCAGUGUUAACUUUGAAAGGCAUCCUUGUCCUCACCUAGUACUAUCUGCUACUUGGAAAGGGAAGUAAAUUCAAGGGUAAAAAUCAAAUGAGUUUAAAUCAGUACAUUUUUAAAGGUACAUUUUUUGUUAAGUGUAAUAAAUUGUAUUUAUUUUAGUCAAAGUAGAUUUCUAUUAGGCUUUUGUGGGUUUUUGAACUGAACUUAAAUUUUCUACACAAACCAGUGUAAUUUUUAAGCAACACUAGUCCAUUGACAUCUUUUUCCUGAAAGCUUCCUUCUAAGCAUGCACUUACACAUUUUUUAAUAAUUAGUUUAACCUAAGAAAACUUCGAGUUCUGGCAGAAACUUGAAAGGUACCAAUGUUAGUCUGAAUUUAUUCUGUAGAUGUAAAGAUGAAAUAUAUAUUGUAAAAUAUGUAAAAUUGUAAAUAGGUUUAAAAUUUAACGUCUCAACUGUGCAUGACAUCUUGUGUAUUAGUGAAAAUGAUAUAGGAAAGUGUUCAUUAUAGCACCUUUCAGUUGAAUCCUUUUGCAGUAUAAAGGCAAGCACACUGUUACUGUUUCAAUAAGCUAUGUGGUAUAACUCAUGAAUUGCAGUCAGAGGAUAUUCUUGUAAUGAUUCAAAAACUUCAUGUUCAUUGUCUUUAAAUUUAUUCUUUAUAAAAAGAAAGCACUACCCGAAAUACGGUAUUUCUUCAUGGAAACAUCCUCUCUGCUUUGUCAGUCCACCUGAUAACCUUCAGUGGUGCACGUUAAGUGCUGAUAUUGCUCCUUUUGAAGAGAAAGUUAAGCCAGGCUUCAGAAAUGGGAGGAAAUAUUUUUAAUAAAACUGCAUAAUGUGGAACAAAAAGCGGGAGGAGGGGAAUAGUACCAGAGUUGGGUAAAGAGUAGCUUUUUUUUCUGUCAGUGGGCUAGGUCCUGGUUGCUUUUUUAGACAAUCCUGGUAGAUAAAUAAGUUCGUAUAACUAGAGGCUGCUUUUUAGUAGGAGCAUGAGCCAUUGCUCCAAGCAGGAAAGUGCAUUUUAUUUUCAUGAAAAUGUCACUCUUCUGAUCUUUAGUGACCCUCUUUAGCAAAGGAAGUUACCUUGCCAAGUAUUGAGCAUCAAGGUAAAUAAGGCUUUAUGGCACUAAAACUUUAGAUCAGCGUGUAGUGUAUUUCAAGCUGAGAAUAAUAGCUCCCUCUGCAAAAAGUAACCUCUUGCAGUAGAACUUUUUUAUGCCAGUGAAACAUUUUAUAUAUCGUUUUAAAUCUCCUCCAAUUAAUCGUGUGCCAUGUCUUGUUUGUGUACCUGCGAUAUCUAACAUCUUCUAAAACUACUUGGCUUAAACAACUCUUAAGCAAUGUUAAAUUCUUAUUAUCAAGGAGGAAAGUACCUACCUCUCUGUUAUGUUCCACUGCUUUAAAAACACUGAUAUUUAAAUUUGCACUGCAAUAAUUUCAGACCAAAACUGUGAUUUGUCCCUUUUUGUUGAAUAUAUUUAGCCUCAUGAACUAUGCAUUCCUGUGUUUUGGAGAUACCUGGUUACCAAAAUUCCCCUGAUGAGGUGAAGCAAUGAGUUAAUCAGCUGAUGACAGGAAAUUAGAUUUAGUAUAUCCACAUGGUACUGCUCCCAAACUGUUUAAGAUCUGACCUGUGCUUGUGGUAAAUAAUACUGCAAAGUCUUUAUUUUCUUUACAAAGAGUAGGUGCUAAUUCUGAUAUCCAGGUACAGAUUUUCCUGGAAAAAGCAGCAGACUUUUGGCUAUUGUAUAAAUUGCCAUGUUGAAAUAAAAUUGUGUAUGGUAUGCCCUUGCUAAGAAGUUCCUAAAAAUCUCAUUAUUGGGUUUUGUUAUGCUGUUAAUGAUUAAUAUAAACCUAAUUGUGACUGGUUCUGCAUUCUCUGUGUGUAGGGAGAAAGAAAUCUUAGUCAUUCACAUGAAAGCCUAGGUAACAGAAUUUCUUUUUCUUUUCAGAAAAGAUCAUUGUAGUGAUUAAGUACUCAAGAAUGACCUGCUGGUGCAUUUGUUACUAAAGUAUCUCUAAUGAUAUGCCAUCUUGUUGUCAAGCCACUAAAGUGGGCUUUUUUGCAAACAAAUCCUGAGAAUCCCCGUAAGGCAGGUAAGAUGGAUUUCCAUACCCACCUAGAAGCUAGCAAGCAGGAGGAGAGUGGCUUGCUCAUAGCCAUAGCGUAGGCUGGGUAGAUACCGGAAUCUGUGAGCACCUCUUACAGGAAUUGCAUUUUAGUGUUUGGAUAACUAAGACUGCUUUAAGACAUUGUCAAUGUUUUAUUAGACAAAUGACUUGCCUGUAGGUAAAACAGUAAAUAGUUUUGUCUUGCUCGAAAGUAAGGUAGUUCAGUUGCCAUAGGAAUAACCUCCAAGUAUCUUACCAGUGUUUAAAAUUCAGAAUGGGCAAGUCACUGUGCACAGUGAGCUGUGAGGUGCCGCUCGCCGAGCUGGGAAGAUGCCACGUAAGUUUUUGGCUAAACAUGAGUUAAAUCCCUCUAGUAAGCAGUACCAGAUGGGAUUGGUACUUGCUCUGGGUGCCUGGUCCUGGACGUCACUGCACUGUAGAGAUGCUCUGGUCCCACGGACAUGACUGAGAUAGGUACACAAGGAACAAGAUGCAGCGAGAGACCUAGAUAAGGGGGGAAAGUUCCAAGUUACUAUUAUUGAGCCAGUUCUUUGGACAGUGCUAGAAUGGAAAUAGGAGCUGUGAACAAGUUAUUGGUAAACAGGAGAGUUUAAUCAAAAUACUAUCUUAAAAUGAAUUGGAAUAUAGGCUGUUGUGCUUUGGCAAGAGUCACAGUAUCAGAACUUCUUUGGUUUUCUCAACAGUCCACUAAUAAUUCAGUAUUACUGAAAAUGAAACUGUGGAGCUCAUUGCUGUUAAUCAGAAUUUAAGUUGUAAAUUACUUCUUUGCCUGUUAACUAUUUAUUUUGCUGUAGUAAAAAACCCUAUUUUACCGUAAGUACUGAUUAAUUAAACUGUACAACAUCUUUGAUUUCACAUAACUGAAUCAUGAAAUUAAAUUGAUUCUUACACCCCGUGA